AUGUUUGUACCUCAAACAAUGACCGAGAUGUGGGCAACAAUGGGUUCAACCAUUGCCAGUUUCAUGUUCAUUUCGGCUAUUAUCCGGCAAUACUGCCCGUACGAGCUUCGCCUCUACUUUGGCAAGUAUACAAAAUUAAUCAUGAGCUUUUUCUAUCCUUACAUUAAGAUAUCAAUCCAUGAGUACACCGGAGAUCGCCUCAAGAGAAGCGAAGCCUAUGCUGCUGUGGAGGCAUAUCUUAGCAUUAACUCAUCCAAGUGCGCUAAGAGACUUAAGGCAGAGAUGGCAAAAGAUUGCAGCAAGCUGGUGCUUAGUAUGGAUGAGUAUGAGAGAGUGAAAGAUGAAUUUAAGGGUAUCAAAGUUUGGUGGGUUUCAAGCAAAGUGAUGCCGCCAUCACAAUCCAUGUAUCCUCAGCAAGAAAGAAGGUUUUAUAGGCUCACGUUUCAUAAGCGGCACAGGGAAAUCAUAACCGAGGAGUACUUGAAGCAUGUGAUGCAGCAAGGGAAAGACAUUAGGUUGAAAAAUAGACAGAGGAAGCUUUACACCAACGGUUCUGCAAACAAGUGGCAAAUCUACAAGCAGACCGGGUGGAGCCAUAUAGUGUUUGAGCAUCCUGCCACAUUCCAGACGUUAGCCAUGGAGCCUGCAAAGAAGCAGGAGAUUAUAGAAGAUCUGGUGACUUUUAGCAAAAGCAAGGAUUUCUAUGCCAGAAUUGGAAAGGCGUGGAAAAGAGGAUAUCUUCUUUACGGUCCACCAGGAACCGGAAAGUCUACCAUGAUUGCUGCAAUGGCUAACUUGUUAAACUACGAUGUUUAUGAUCUUGAGCUCACUGCUGUGAGAGACAAUACCGAGCUAAGGAAGCUUUUGAUUGAGACCACUAGUAAAUCCAUCAUAGUGAUCGAAGACAUUGAUUGCUCGCUUGAUCUGACUGGCCAAAGGAAUAAGAAAGACGAGAAAUCUCCAGAUGAGGACAAGAAGAAGUCGGAGAAAGAAACUCGCAAAGAACAUAAAGAAGAGACUAGCAGCAGAGUGACACUUUCAGGGUUGUUGAAUUUCAUUGAUGGGAUAUGGUCUGCUUGUGGAGGGGAGAGGCUUGUUGUGUUCACUACAAAUUACGUGGAGAAGCUGGAUCCUGCGCUGAUAAGAAGGGGAAGAAUGGACAAGCAUAUUGAGCUCUCUUACUGCAGUUUUGAGGCAUUCAAGGUGCUUUCAAGUAAUUACCUGACACUUGAAGCGCAUCCUUUGUUUGAUAAAAUUGAAAGCUUAAUGAAGGAGACCAAGAUCACACCAGCAGAUGUUGCAGAGAACCUCAUGCCCAAGUCCCCAUUGGAUGAUGCAGAGAAGCGUCUCUCGCACUUAAUUCAAGCUCUUGAGGAAGCAAAAGCAGCAGCAGAGGCUACAGAAAAAGCUGAGAAAGAAGCAUCCAGAAUAAACGCUCAAGCUGAUGAGGCUACCAAGCCAGCAGAGGGCUCUGCCAAGGAAGAUGCUGCCCAGCCACAAGAAAAUAGUCACUUCAAAAGCCAAAUUGCGCAUUAG